AAUUGUCAAAUAAAUCAUGAAGUUUGUCAAAUUCAGGUGAAUUCAUAUUUUUGCCUCCUUUCCAGUAAAAUAUAUGAUGAUGCGCCACUUGCAAAUUUCCCUAGAAAUAAGAUUAAAAGUUUUUCUCUAUUGCAAUCAAAAGAUCGGAGGAGGGAGGAUCCAGACUCGAGUAGAAGGAGCAACCAAGUCAUCAAUCAUUGGAGAUCAUAAUUUUAUUUUAAAGAAGUUCUUGUCCAUGGCGUUUCUUGAACUAGCUUCUUGAUUCAAGAAACAUUUCGUAUUUGUGAAAAGGAGUUUUUGCUGGCUUUUGUGAAGAUGGAAGCUCUCGUGAACGAGACAGUCGAUUUGGAACACUGCGCCAUUGAUGAGCUGUUUCCACGUCUGAAAUGUACCAAAGAGGGCCUCACUACUGAGGAUGCUGAAGAGAGGUUGAACGAGGUUGGAUACAACAGGCUUGAAGAAAAGAAGGAGAGUAAAUUCCUCAAGUUUUUGGGGUUUAUGUGGAAUCCUCUUUCAUGGGUUAUGGAAGUGGCGGCUAUCAUGGCAAUUGCCCUUGCUAAUGGAGGAGGAAAGGCUCCGGAUUGGCAGGACUUUGUGGGUAUCAUCACCUUGCUUUUCAUCAACUCGACUAUUAGUUUCAUCGAGGAGAAUAACGCAGGCAAUGCAGCAGCUGCUCUCAUGGCUCGCCUUGCUCCAAAAGCAAAAGUUCUUAGAAAUGGGGCGUGGAGCGAGAUAGAGGCUUCCGGAUUGGUGCCUGGAGACAUUGUUAGCAUAAAGCUUGGAGAUAUAGUUCCUGCUGAUGUUCGUCUCUUGGAGGGCGAUGCCCUUAAAAUUGAUCAGUCUGCUUUGACAGGGGAGUCCCUUCCUGUGAACAAGGGUCCAGGAGAAGCAGUUUACUCUGGUUCUACGUGCAAACUGGGAGAGCUCGAAGCUGUUGUUUAUGCAACGGGUGUUCACACCUUCUUUGGAAAGGCUGCUCACCUUGUCGACACCACUAAUCAAGUCGGGCACUUCCAAAAGGUUUUAACUGCGAUUGGAAACUUCUGCAUAUGCUCCAUUGCGGUGGGGAUGGUUAUAGAGUGUAUAGUGAUGUACACUAUUCAACACAGGAAAUACCGGGCUGGCAUCGACAAUCUUCUUGUUCUCCUCAUUGGAGGAAUUCCAAUAGCCAUGCCAACUGUCCUCUCUGUUACAAUGGCGAUUGGCUCUCAUCGUUUGGCUCAGCAGGGAGCUAUAACAAAGAGAAUGACUGCUAUAGAAGAGAUGGCCGGGAUGGAUGUGCUUUGCAGCGACAAGACAGGGACCCUCACUCUGAACAAGCUUACCGUUGAUAAGAAUCUCAUCGAGGUGUUUUCGAAAGAUGUUGAUGCUGAUAUGGUUCUUCUGAUGGCGGCUAGAGCCUCUCGAACAGAAAACCAGGACGCCAUAGAUGCUGCCAUUGUAGGAAUGCUGGCUGAUCCGAAAGAGGCACGUGCUGGAGUUCGAGAAGUGCACUUCCUUCCUUUCAACCCGACUGACAAGAGAACAGCAUUGACUUACAUAGACAACGAAGGAAAGUGGCACAGGGCUAGCAAAGGUGCACCAGAGCAGAUUCUAAACCUUGCACACAAUAAGUCUCACAUAGAGCGAAGAGUUCAUGCUGUGAUUGAUGAUUUUGCGGAAAGAGGUCUGAGAUCACUUGGUGUGGCAUACCAGGAACUUCCAGAAAAAACGAAAGAUAGUACUGGAGGACCAUGGCAAUUCAUUGGUCUAGUGCCUCUCUUUGAUCCGCCUAGACACGACAGUGCAAAAACUAUAAGAGAGGCAUUAGAUCUCGGAGUCAAUGUCAAAAUGAUAACUGGGGAUCAGCUUGCAAUAGGAAAGGAAACCGGCCGGAGACUAGGAAUGGGGACUAAUAUGUAUCCGUCAUCAGCUUUACUGGGCCAAAAUAAGGAUGAAUCGAUUGCUACUCUGCCGAUUGAUGAGCUCAUUGAGAAAGCUGAUGGCUUUGCUGGUGUCUUCCCAGAACAUAAAUAUGAGAUUGUAAAGCGCCUGCAAGCUAGAAAACACAUAUGUGGAAUGACCGGCGAUGGAGUGAAUGAUGCUCCUGCUCUGAAAAAGGCUGAUAUCGGCAUUGCUGUAGCCGAUGCAACUGAUGCAGCACGCAGUGCUUCUGACAUCGUCCUUACUGAACCUGGACUCAGUGUCAUCGUCUGCGCUGUUCUGAGCAGUCGAGCGAUCUUCCAGAGGAUGAAGAACUACACGAUUUAUGCCGUUUCUAUUACAAUUCGUGUUGUGCUUGGUUUCAUGCUGUUAGCCUUGAUAUGGGAAUUCGACUUUCCGCCUUUUAUGGUUCUUAUCAUUGCAAUACUCAAUGAUGGUACCAUCAUGACUAUAUCGAAAGAUAGAGUUAAACCAUCACCUCUGCCAGACAGCUGGAAGCUCUCCGAAAUCUUUGCAACUGGUAUCGUUCUUGGUAGUUACUUGGCAUUGAUGACUGUCAUCUUCUUUUGGACAGCGUAUAAAACAGAUUUCUUUCCCCGCGUGUUUGGGGUGGAAACACUUGAGAAAACUCCCAACGGCGACUUCAGGAUGCUUGCUUCAGCAAUAUAUCUGCAAGUGAGCACCAUCAGCCAGGCUCUGAUAUUCGUGACAAGAUCAAGAAGCUGGUCGUUUGUUGAGCGCCCUGGUCUGUUGCUCGUGGCUGCAUUUGCCGUUGCCCAACUGGUUGCUACUCUAAUAGCGGUAUAUGCAAACUGGAGCUUUGCAGCAAUUGAAGGAAUCGGUUGGGGCUGGGCGGGCGUGAUCUGGCUAUACAACAUCGUCACCUACAUCCCUCUCGACAUCAUCAAAUUCUUCACGCGUUACGCUCUCAGUGGGAAAGCUUGGGAUCAUGUUCUUGAAAGAAGGACUGCUUUCACCAGACAUAAGGAUUUUGGGAAGGAGCACCGUGAGCUUCAAUGGGCCCGCGAGCAGAGAACCCUUCACGGGCUGCAAGUGCCUGACACCAAACUUUUCAACGAGAUAAACAAUUUCUCCGAGCUCAACCAGCUGGCAGAGGAAGCCAAACGAAGAGCUGAGAUAGCAAGGAUGCGGGAGCUGCGCACGUUGAAAGGACACGUUGAAUCAGUUGUUAGGCUUAAGGGUCUGGAUAUUGAUGAGAUUAAGCAAGCAUACACUCUAUGAGAAGAUGAUCCAGUGAACAUCUGCCUUUUUCUUAUAUUUGGACAAGUUUAUUUUUUUAGAAGUUUAUUCUUUUGGAUUAUGAACAUCUAGUCUAGACACUGGCUAUCAUGUUACACGUUUUUUUUUUUAUCAUACAUGAAGCCUUUUU